AUGUUUGUAGCGUCGCUCAUCUCGCCUUGGGCGAUCCUUCUCCUCCCAGUCCUCUACUACCUCCUUCCAUAUCUCCGGAACUGGUCCCUGUUGAAGAUUCCUGGCCCUCUGCCGGCUGCCCUUUCGAAUUUGUGGUUGAUGUAUCAAUGCCGGCGAGGACGAAGAUACAAAGUUGUCGACGACCUGCACAAGAAAUACGGCAAGGUCGUGCGGAUUCAGCCGAAUCAUGUCUCAAUCGCGGAUGACGGCGCCAUCAACGCCAUCUAUGGUCACGGCAAUGGAUUCCUUAAGAGUGAAUACUAUGACGCCUUCGUGUCCAUCCGCCGCGGCCUGUUCAACACGCGAGACAGGGCAGAACACACUCGCAAGCGCAAGGUUGUCUCUCACACCUUCUCCGCCAAGUCCAUUGGCCAGUUCGAACAGUACAUCCACGCCAACUUGGAGUUGUUUGUGCAAAAAUGGAGAAACCUUGCCAACAACAAGAGCAACCCGAAGACCGGUUAUGCGUCCAUUGAUUCCUUGAACUGGUUUAACUACCUCGCCUUCGACAUCAUUGGCGAUCUUGCAUUCGGACAACCAUUCGGCAUGCUGGAGAAGGAGAAGGAUAUUGCCGAAAUCCGCAAGUCCCCGGACGCUCCUCCGACCACUGCCCCGGCCAUUGAAGUCUUGAACCGCCGAGGGGAGGUGUCGGGCACACUGGGCUGCCUGCCACAAUUGAAGCCCUACGCCAAAUACCUCCCGGACCCCUUCUUCAGCCAAGGCGUUGAAGCGGUGGAGAACCUUGCAGGUAUCGCCAUUGCCCGAGUCAAGCAGCGCCUGGAGAAUCCCAACACCGACCGAGUGGACCUCCUUGCCCGUCUUAUGGAAGGCAAAGAUGCCAACGGUGAAAAACUUGGGCGCGAAGAACUCACUGCCGAAGCCCUCACGCAACUCAUUGCAGGAUCCGAUACCACCUCCAACACCGCCUGCGCAAUUUUGUACUAUGUCGUCCGCACCCCGGGUGUCCUCGAGAAGCUGCAAAAGGAACUCGACGCAAACAUCGGCCCUGGCGUUCCCCAGUACGAGCAAGUUAGGGACCUCGAAUACGUGCAAUGGGUUAUCAACGAGACUAUGCGCAUCCACUCCACCUCGUCGCUCGGCCUCCCCCGCCUCACCCCUAUGCCGUCGCCUGAGAAUCCAAAUCCCAAACCAGUCGAAAUCCUAGGCUACACUUUCCCUCCCGGGACUGCCUUGUCCGUUCCCUCAUAUACUCUCCACCACUCCAAGGAAAUCUGGGGUGCCGACGCCGACGAAUUUGUCCCCGAGCGCUGGUCUGAAAAACGACUCACACCGCGACAGAAGGAGGCGUUCAUUCCCUUCUCCGUGGGACCUAGGGCUUGUGUCGGAAGGAACGUCGCCGAGAUGGAACUGAAGUGCAUGGUCGCGACGGUCUUCAGGAACUUUGAGUUCCGGGACGAACAUGCCGGCCCCUUGCAGACGAGGGAGGGCUUCCUCAGAAAACCCUUGGGAUUUAAUGUCGGCAUCCGAGUCCGAGCUAAUGCUUGA